UCAGUGGAGUACAAGGCCCACUUAAAACAUAGUACAGUCCAUAUUACCAAACUAACUUUACUGCCCUAAUUCUUGAUUUCUUCCCGGCUGUCCAUUAUCGCCGGUGACUUUUUCCGGCGGUUCAAACCCUAAAAUUCAUCACGCAGGUACAUUUUGUUAUUUAUGGAUGCCGUUGUCUUAAUUGUUAGUGUAUGAUGAAAAUUGGGAGAAGUACCGAAAAUUUUGACCCUGGUAUCUUUUUCAGUAGCCAUUUAACUUAACAGGUACUCCUGAAUAAGUCAUGAAUGGCACGUCAAACGCACUUCUGAAUAUUAGUAGCUUAUUCACCCGCACUACAGUCCCAACCGCGGCUCAUGUUGAGUCUUUGCUAUAUAGUUAUGCUGCAAAAAAAUCUCUCACGGACAUCACGAAACUCCAUGGCCAUCUCAUCAUAUCGGGAUUCCUUGCACAAUGGGAAUCUAGCUAUGUUCCUGGUCUUCUUGCAUCUGGGUAUGCAUUAUCUGGUCAUGUUCCGUAUGCUCGUCAACUUUUUGAUGUAUUGCAUCUGAGAACUAAGCGUGCGUACAAUAGUAUGAUAAGGUUGUAUACUGAGAAGGGAUAUCCGUAUAAUGCACUGGAGGUAUUUUUGGAAAUGUUUAAGUCAGGAAGAAUGAAGGCAGACAGGCUCACCUACCCUCAUGUGGUUAAGGCUUGUGCUGAACUAUCGAUGUCUCAGUUUGGUUUAUCGGUUCAUGGUUUGGUUAUAAGUACCGGUGUUGAUUCUAAUACAUUUGUGGGUAAUUCAUUGCUUGCAAUGUACAUGAGUUUUGGUGAGCAAGAUGGGGCCAGACGAGUUUUUGAUGAGAUGCAUGACAAGUGUGUGGUGUCUUGGAACACUUUGAUAAGUGGGUAUUUCAGAAAUGGAUGUGCUAACGAGUCUUUGAGGGUUUUUAAUGAAAUGGUUAAUGCAGGUGAGGAUAUUGAUAAAGCCACUGUUUUAUCAGUACUGCCUGCAUGUGCAUAUCUGAAAGAGUUGGAUGUAGGGAGAAAGGUUCAUGAUUUGGUGAAAGAGAAGGGUUUGGCGGAAAGUUUGUUUGUUAGGAACGCUUUGGUGGAUAUGUAUGUUAAAUGUGGUCAGAUGGACGAUGCGCGAAUUAUGUUUAAUGAGACUAGUGAAAGAGAUGUGGUGACGUGGACUUCCAUGGUAAAUGGUUACAUUGUGAAUGGUGAUGCACAAAGUGCCAUAUCACUCUGUCCAUUUAUGAUGCUUGAAGGUGUAAGGCCUAAUGCAUUAACUCUUGCUUCUUUACUUUCAGCGUGUGCAGCUUUGAAGGAUUUGAAGCAAGGUAAGAGCUUUCAUGGAUGGGCGUUGAAGAACUAUCUUGAUUCUGAUGUUAAUGUGGAAACUGGACUGAUUGACAUGUAUGCUAAAUGUGCAUUUGUCACUUAUAGCUUCAGUGUGUUCAAUAAAACAUCAAAAACAAGAACAGCCCCAUUUAAUGCAAUUCUUUCUGGAUGCUCUGAAAAUGGGCUAGGUAGAGAAGCAAUAAUGUUGUUUAAAGAAAUGAGGCUGGAAGGUGUAGUAACCAAUGAAGCAACUUUAAAAAGUCUUUUACCUGCGUAUGCGAUUACAACAGAUCUUAAACAGGUAACAAGUUUCCAUGGUUAUCUAAUAAGAUCAGGGUUUCUUUCAAAAAGUGAUCUGGCCACUGGUUUAAUCGAUAUAUACUCAAAAUGUGGAGCUCUAGAACAAGCUCACAUGGCCUUCAAUGAGGUUCCUUCAAAAAAAAGAGAUAUUAUAUUAUGGAGUGUGAUUAUAGCUGGUUAUGGGAAACACGGGAAUGGGGAGGUAGCACUUUCACUAUUCAAUCAAAUGGUUCGAUCUGGGGUGGAACCGAAUGAAGUCACAUUUACUUCUGUUCUGCAUGCGUGUAGCCAUUCAGGUUUGGUGGAUGAGGGUUUGAGCUUAUUCCGGUUCUUGCUAAAAGAUCAGAAAGUCAACCCCCGUCCUUCCCAUUACACCUGUAUUAUCGAUCUUCUCGGUCGAGCAGGGAGGCUUGAGGAAGCAUACGAGUUAAUUGCAACAAUGCCCACUGCUCCUAAUCAUACAGUUUGGGGUGCGUUAUUGGCUGCGUGUGCUGUUCAUGAGAAUGUGGAAUUAGGGGAAGUGGCUGCAAAGUGGCUUUUCGAGUUAGAACCUGAAAACACUGGUAAUUACAUUUUGAUGGGGAAUAUUUAUUCUGCUGUUGGGAAGUGGGAAGAAGCAGAGAACAUGAGAAACUUGAUUGAUCAAAUCGGACUCAGGAAAUCUCCGGCUCAUAGCUUUAUAGGGGGCAGACAUGGAUGAAGCCAAUUUCUGUACAAAGUGCUUUUGGGCUUGUUAAAAGUACAUUUAUUAGUUAAAAACGAUUUCCAAGUUAAUUGUACAACAAUACAGCUCUCUAAAUAUGGUUGAAUCUGAGAAUAGACAACUCUUGUAUUAUACAACAAGAUUGAUUAUAAUGAUAAAAUCAAUGUACAUAUGCUUUUAUCAUAGAUCAAGUCAUCUAGUAUACACAAAAUGAGUAUAGGCUCCCGAACAGGGUUGAUUA